UGAAUAAUUGGAGAGUAGAUAGAUUGAUGAUUUGAGCGUGCAUGGGUGAGAUGAUAAGCACGCAACGCAAUUAAAAAGAAUUAAUAUGCAACGAAUGGAUGUGUUUGAAGCUGGCCUCAUAUAUCAAUAAUGGAUUUGAUCUGAUUCUGGCUCAACGUUCAUGACGAUCACCACCCACUACUCCAUUCCGGGAAGCUCUGGGUAUCUGGACAUAUACCCAGAGAGGAAAGUCUCUGCCUUUCAAAACCCUUACAUUAUGGGCUUCACUGCUGUCGCUAGCAUUGGUGGAUUGCUCUUUGGCUACGACACUGGUGUUAUAUCAGGAGCCCUUCUCUAUAUCAAAGAUGAUUUUCCGGAGGUCAGGCACAGUAAUUUUCUCCAGGAAACAAUUGUCAGCAUGGCAGUGGCUGGUGCAAUUGUUGGGGCAGCAGCAGGUGGUUGGAUUAAUGACGUUUAUGGGAGAAAGAAGGCAACCCUCAUUGCAGAUGUUAUCUUUACUCUGGGAGCAAUUGUAAUGGCUGCUGCCCCAGAUCCUUAUAUUCUCAUAAUUGGCCGUGUUUUGGUUGGUUUGGGUGUGGGUAUAGCUUCUGUUACUGCUCCUGUGUAUAUUGCAGAAUCAUCACCAUCAGAAAUAAGGGGAGCAUUAGUAGGCAUAAAUGUGCUUAUGAUAACUGGUGGACAAUUUCUUUCCUAUCUCAUAAAUCUUGCUUUCACACAGGUUCCUGGGACGUGGCGGUGGAUGUUGGGAGUUUCAGGUGUGCCUGCAGUAGUUCAGUUUUUCCUUAUGCUCUUACUGCCUGAAUCCCCCAGAUGGCUCUUAAUAAAGAAUAGGAAAGAGGAAGCCAUUACUGUGCUAGCUAAGAUCUAUGACUUUGCUCGUUUAGAGGAUGAAGUUAAUCUACUUACUACUCAGUCAGAGAAAGACUGCCAAAGAAGGGAUGGCAUUAGAUAUUGGGAUGUUUUUAAAUCAAAAGAAAUUAGACUUGCAUUCCUUGCUGGAGCCGGAUUGCAGGCUUUUCAGCAAUUCAUAGGCAUAAACACAGUGAUGUACUACAGCCCAACAAUUGUCCAAAUGGCUGGCUUUCAAUCUAAUGAGUUGGCUCUUCUCCUUUCUCUCAUAGUUGCCGGCAUGAAUGCUGCCGGAUCGGUUCUUGGCAUUUACCUUAUUGACCAUGCAGGACGGAGAAAAUUGGCCCUAUAUAGCUUAGGGGGGGUAAUAGCAUCUCUGGUCAUCUUGGCCUUGUCAUUUUUUAACCAAUCAUCUGAAAGUGGUUUGUAUGGAUGGCUUGCAAUUCUUGGUUUGGCCCUGUACAUUGCUUUCUUCUCCCCAGGGAUGGGACCUGUGCCUUGGACAGUUAACUCAGAAGUAUACCCUGAAGAAUACCGAGGAAUAUGUGGAGGCAUGUCUGCUACUGUGAAUUGGGUCUCAAAUCUCAUUGUGGUACAGUCAUUUCUGUCGGUUGCUGCAGCUGUAGGCACUGGCCCUACUUUCUUAAUUAUUGCUAUUAUAGCCGUGCUUGCGUUUAUGUUUGUGGUUGUCUAUGUUCCUGAAACCAAGGGAUUGACAUUUGAUGAAGUGGAGCUGUUAUGGAAGGAGAGAGCUUGGGGCAAGAACCCUGAUGCUCAAAGCCUUCUUGUUCGGACUGAAAAUCAUUCCUAGGAAUGCAAAGCAUUUUAGUGCGGCUCAUGUCUAUAUCAUGUUCUGCUAUGAUUGAUAUUAUGCUAUAAAGUGAUAUAAACUAUUUUUUUUUUUUAGUCACUAUUAUUAGUUUGGAUGCCACAAGUUUGCACUCAAACUUGGCGUACACCUCUUUUAUUUCAGACCAUUGUGAAUGUGGAGUGUGUGACAAGAUUGCAACGCGGACAUUAUGUUAAAAAUGUAAUCUUGUAAAGUAUUCAUUUUUUCUUUUUCUAUUCCAACAUGAAGAAAAGAGGGUUAUUUUCAUGUUU